CCCGCCCCCUCAGGGAGGGCCGGCGGCGGCGGGAAAGGCGGAGCCGCGCGUCAUGGCCGCCAGCCGCCUCCCGCCUGGCGCCCUCAGCCUGAAGCAGUUCCUGAGGCGGCAGCAGGUCCUGCAGCUGUACCGGAGCAUCCUGAGGGCCAUCCGGGAGGUGCCCGCCGAGGCAGACCGCCGGUAUUUACGGGACUGGGCCAGGGAGGAGUUCAGGAGGAAUAAAAACGCCACAGAAGAGGAUGCAAUCAGGAUGAUGAUUACUCAAGGCAACAUGCAACUUCAGGAACUUCAGAGAGCACUCAAGCUGGCAAAAUCCUGACCUUCACUUUGUUGACAGCUGGACUGUCAUCUACAGUGAACAAAAAAUAGUACUUUUUUCCUGGAAUGUGGUUGUAAUAGUGGCCUUUGCUGACAAUCUGGUAAUGUAUGAAGGUAGAAUCUACUACAGGGGGGUUUUUUGUUUGGUUUUUUUUCCCCCCUUUCUCUUCUCAGUUUGGUUACCCUCCUGUGUGGAAAUUACUCAGACAGAAAGGACUUUGAAGAACCGAGUGGAUGAUGUAGCACAUGCUGUGGGAAAGGCAGAAAGCACCAAAACUGACAACAGCAGAUUCAAGACAUUAUUUUGUCUGUUUUCUGUUGUGGCACCUCUCAAGUGGUAACAUUCAUAGUGGUAACAGCUCUUUCUCUACUGUGCCGGGAAUUUUCACCAAUUUUUGGGGUUUAAAAAAAAGCCUUUGGGAUAAAUAAAUGCGCCCAAAACAAAUAAACAUCAUAAAACAUGAUUUAUAUCUCAA